UGAAACGGAAACACUCACUUGACCGCUGAACGUACAACACAUCGGACGUGGUUUUACUUUACAGAGAAAUAAAAUUCAGGCCACCGACGAGUACAGUAUAGUAAAUAAAAGAAGAACUUCAAGCAGACGACAGAGGAGGAAAAUUUGAUACCAGAGACUAGCAAGAUCAACGAGGUUUAACAAUGGCGAAUAAGAACCGGAAACGAACUUUUUUCGAUGGAGAUACUGAACAUGGUCUGGUCAAAAGGAUCAUGUACAAAAAAUAUCUCCAAGCUUAUAUAGAGAAAACUCAAAGUGAAAAGUACACGCUAAGGACGAUGCUGAUAGACGGGUUUGCAGGCGUUGGUCGCUAUGGUAACGAGUGGCCAAGCGAGAUUGAAAGAUAUGGUUCACCACUCAUUGCUCUGAUUAUAGCUCUAGGUGUUUGUUAUAGAAAAGACAUGAAGAAACAGAAACAGCAAAAUGAAGAACAGAGAAGACCAGAGGACAGUGAAGCACAAGGACGAUUAAAGGAAAGAAGAAUGCAAAACAGAGCAGAGGAAAACGGAAUGGAAAAUAAAUCAAAGGAAAUCGGAAUGCCAGAAAGAUCAAAGGAAAGCCGAGUGCAAGAAAGAUUGGAGAAAAGCGAAAGGCAAGAAAGCUCUGGGGAAAGAGCAAUGCAUGGUCGAUCACAAGAGAGUACAGCAGAAUGCAAAACACAUGAAAUGUCACAAAAUGGACAAGAGGAAAACCCAACUCAAGAAACGUCGACUCUGGAAGAAUCAACAGGAGGACCAUUGCUAGAAAGCAGUAAAACGGAAAAGGAGGAACAGUCUACUAGAGAAAGUCUCUGGGGCUGGCCAGCUUCAGAGAUGGAUCCUGAAGCUCAGCUUGAUUAUGAACUUAAGCAGUGGAACAGAAGAAGAACUCUUUGUAAACAGCUUGCUAAAAUUUCUUUUAUCUUCAUUGAAAAUGACCAAAAGAACUAUAUAAAGCUCUGUGCCAAUGUUGAACUUCUGAUUAUGAAUUUUUUAAAAAGAUGUUACCCUUCUCACGAAUACGGAUUGCAGAGUAAAAAGGACAUGGUACGACUUGACUUGAAUACAGAUCCAUUCUCAAUAUCUAUCAAAAUUGUCAAAGGGAAAUUUGCGGAAACCAAUCCGCCGUCGGAGCUUAAUGGUGGAUCUGUACGAAGUCUUACGUUCCUUGAUCCGUUUGGCUUCACACAAACGCCUAUGAUGCAUGUUGCAAAGUUUGCACCUGGACCAGGAAAUGAAGUUUUUAUCAACUUUAUGAGUAGUUACGUCAACCGCUUUGUGUCAAGGAGUACCGAAGGUGUGUUAGAGCUUUAUGGUAUAGAUCCACCCGAAUUUGAAAGUGAUGAUGAUCUGGCUGAAUUCGUCAACUACGUCAUCCAUUUCUGUGAACCGGAGAGGGAACAUUAUUUCAGUAAUGAAAUAAACAAAUGUACGAGCAACUACGAGGCAUUCCUUAAACGGAAGACAAACAGUAGGUAUUCAUUGACCUUUGAGGUCAAGGACAAGAGAAAUACAACCAUAUACCAUAUGAUUCACAUAACUAAUCAUAUACGAGGUGUUGAAGCCAUGAAAGAAUCUAUGAAUCGCUGCUCUCAAAGAGAAGGGGAGAUGAUAAUGUCUGAAUAUGACAUUGUUCGAAAAGGACAAAAGCUGAAUCUUGAAAAUUUGGACGAUCCGAUAAAGGUAGCAGAAGCGAUAUUCAAUAAAUUUAGAGGCAUGAAACGUGUCCAGAUAGCCGAUAUUCAAAAGUAUAUUCUUUUUGAUACAAACUACUUGUUCAGAAAAACUCCUUUGAAAAAACUUAAAAAAGCAAGGAUGAUUACGGAUGUCAUAGAUACAAAGGUUAAUACUAAAAAAAAGAAAUCGUUUCCAUGUAAAGAUAAAAACACGAAGGAACCUAUAGUUUGGUUUUCGUUUGCCGAUGAAGAAUAUACUGCUGAAAAUAUCAUCAGUACAGACGUUGCUGAAGCCGAAAAAGAACGAUCAAAGCAAGAGCGAAAAGAAGUAGCGAAGAAAAGGAAAGAAGAAAAAGAAAAGGAAAAAAGCUUAAAGAAAGAAAGGCAAAGAGAAAAAAAGAAGAAAAUAGAAGAGGAACGUUUAGUGAAGAUAAGAAAGAAAGAAGAGCGCAUGAUAAAAAAUGAAGAGGUCAAAAGAAAAAGAGACGAAGCUAGAAGACAGAAAGAGGAAAGUAAGAAAAGCAGGGAAGAAAAGGCGGCUAAAGAGAUGAGGUCACAAAAAUUGAUAACUGAUAUUUUAAGAUCGGACUCCAAUCAACCUGUUGUACAGGCUCAGAUAGACAACGCUGGUAAAAUUAGUGGGAAUUGUAAUGAUGCUGCACCGAUGGAAGUGGACAAUGCCUCGGGAACGGGCAAAAACAACGAAAUUGAUGAUAUGACAACCGUUUGUGAAAAACCUAGUGGAAGUGGUAUGCGGAAAGAAAUGAAGAUAUUACAGGGAAAAGGAAACGGGAGAAACGAUAAAACACAAACGCUUAUAACUUCAACAUUUGUGUCUCAAAAACGAAUCGAAACACCUCUUACUGGAAAAGCGACCGAACGAAAGACAAACAAAACAAGAAAAAGGAAAGUGCCGGAAACCCUGAGUAAUAAAGAGGAACUAGCAAAAAGAAGGGCCGGUACUUCUGGCAUAAUACAUUCAUCGUCUGAUAAUGUGCUUGAUAGAAAUGAAGAAAUAUCAAGCAAUUGCGAAAGGGGUAAAAAGCCGUUGCAAAAAGUGUUAACGGAGUACUUCCAGCGUGAAAAUAAUUUUAAAAUGUAAAUAUGUAAAUGAAUACUAGUUGUUCAUGAUUAUUCAAAACAAUAGAGCUUAUAUACAGAUAUAGAAAGAAAAGAUACAAUUAUCGUUGGAAGCUGCCUAUUUUGACUUGACGGCAUGAUUUUUAAUAAUUUACAUAACGGUUAUCGACCCUGAAUAUAAGAGAGAGGGUUGAGCGCAGUAUUCAAACCGCAUUUCGGCUACACAUAUGUCUCAAAUAUAAACAUUCUUCCAAGGAAAUAAAGGAUAUACAAACUUGUA